AUGUUCCCAUUGCUUUUUACCGUAAUCUAUAUUUCGAUUAUUCGCCAAACAUCCGUUCUUUGUAAACAAACGAUCAAUUGCAGUCAAGAAUGUACUUUCACACAAUCAUUUGACACUCGAUUCACAUUACCAGUGAAUUGUACGACAACAUCCGAAUCAUCGAGUGGCUGUUCUGUAACUUUAUUGUUAGAUUAUUCAACGAGACAAAUUGAUGUUAAGGUGUUUUCAAAUGGUAAUAAUCGUACAAGACUUCAAGUGGAUACACUUAUAUGGUUCAAUCGAAAUAGAAGUCAAACAUUGUUAACAUAUGAUUGUGAAACAGAAUACAAUUGUCAUGUUGCCUAUGCUAAUUAUUCGAUUUCACAAUUGAUAAAUAUUGAUUAUCGACCACUACGAGAGGAACUGAUAAAUUAUUUGUAUGAUGAUCGAAAUGUAAAUUCAACAGCUCGAUGUUACAAUAAUACAAUAUGUGAACAAUAUUGUUCAGCAAUCUAUGUUGGCUGGACUUAUCCGAUCUAUCAGAGUGUUUGUAAGCAAAAUAGAACUGGGAUUUCGAUUCUCGAUGCAAAUCCGGGACAUGUCGGCGUUUGGCUUCGUUCAAUUGCGUAUAAUAGGAACUAUACACAAUUUUAUGUAUCCGACUGUAAUCAAUAUCGCUGUAAUAGGCCAUCAGUAAUAGAAGACGUCGCAACAGUAAUAGAACAGGAAUAUCGUUUGCCGAUGGAUAAUUUAGUUGUACAAGCUAUCCCCGAGACAACCACAAUAGCAACUCCUUCUACUUCAUCAAGAGGCGAUACUACAAAGCCGAAUAAUAAUUCUGUCUUUAUUCAAGCUAAUAUUACUUUAAUUUUAGCGUUUAUUAUUGUAAAGCUUCUUCUGUCUUAG